AUGGGGGACUCCAAGGAGGCUGGGGCCGAGUCGCCGCCGGCCGGGGCCGCUGCUCGGGGAGGGCUCAGCCUCCUGUCCCAGGGAGAACCCGAGGAAUCUUCAGCACAGGGAUCAGCUUUAUUUCUUGGAGGCAAUGAAGUGAAGAGCCGAGCUGUGGUGAAAUACUCUUCUGCCCCUCCUCGAACAGCAUUUGCACGCCUUGAAGAGAAAACAGACUUGAAACUCCCACCUGCCAACUGGUUGCGAGAGAGUGCCAAACUAGGGCCGGCAGGAACUACCAUUCUUGGCAAUAGUAAGAAAAGCAAGCCAUUUUCAAGCUUUGGAAUGGCGUACGACUUUAUUGAUUCUGUGGGAAAUGAUGUGGAUGUCGUUUCUGACUCUGAAAACAUAAAAAAGCUCCUGAAGAUUCCCUACAGCAAAUCCCACGUGAGCAUGGCUGUACAUCGCAUCGGAAGGACUCUCUUGUUAGACGAGUUAGAUAUUCAAGAGCUCUUUAUGAGAUCGUCUCAGACUGGUGACUGGACGUGGCUGAAGGAGUUUUAUCAGAGACUUAUCGAUCAGAAGUGGCAGAGGAAGAAAAAGAGCAAAGAGCACUGGUAUCAGAAGGCUAUUCUUUCCAAGUUUUUAUAUUACAGUAUCAAUGGCGAUGGAGCUGCUCAGCCCGUCCCCUCUGCUGCGGAACAGCAGGGACCGUCCAGUUCAGAUCAGGCCACUGACUCCGAUGGGGCUUCCUGGCCCGCCCCCUUUGAAAUGCCUUCUUCAGUCUCUGAGGAUCCCAGUGCUUCCAGUCAGGGAAGUGAGCCUCUUGAGCCCUCAUACAUAGUGGGGCAUGUGGCCUCAGCACCCAAAGAACAAAACCUGACUACUUUAUUCAAUGACGGGGAGAACAGUCAGGGUCUUAAAAACGAUUUCGUUCGGAACAUCUUAUGGACAUUUGAAGAUAUACAUAUGUUAGUUGGCUCCAACAUGCCUAUAUUUGGAGGAGGCAGAUACCCAGCAGUCAGCCUACGUCUCAGGGACAACAACAAGCCGAUUAAUGUGCUUACUGGAAUUGACUAUUGGUUGGACAACUUGAUCUGCAACGUACCAGAGCUUGUGAUGUGUUUCCAUGUAAAUGGAAUUGUACAGAAAUAUGAAAUGAUAAAAACAGAAGAGAUUCCCAAUUUGGAAAACUCGAACUUCUCUACGAAGGUCAUAAAAGACAUUGCACAGAAUAUUUUAUCGUUUCUGAAAUCUAAUUGUACCAAAGAAGGACAUACCUAUUGGCUGUUUAAAGCAAGUGGGAGUGAUAUAGUGAAGCUCUAUGAUCUCACUACUCUUUGUGAAGAAACCGAAGACAAGUACCAAAAUCCGUUCACAAUGCCGGUGGCUAUUCUCUUAUAUAAGGUUGCUUGCAACAUGAUGAUGAAGAAGAAUCAAAAUAAGAAACACUACGGAACUAUUAGAACAUUGCUUCUUAAUUGUGUUAAGUUGUUGGACAAAAGCAGACAUCCUCAAAUUAUUGCUUCAGCCAAUUACAUGCUUUCAGAACUUUUUCAAUUAGAUGAACCUAAAAAAGAAGAAAGUUCAGAAUCUCCUUUAAAUGAAAAUUCUGAUGAAAGUUACAGUGAAGAGGAGGAAGAGCUGGCAGACAGCGAUGAAAAUGGAUCCUAUGGCACCGGUUCUGAUCCAUCAGAUGAUAACAAAGCAGUAGCUAUCAUUAAGUCUGUUGGAGAAUUGUCAGUUCCGGAGAAAUACAAAUCCAUUCAUCAAAUCCGACCCAGUUGCACCUUUCCGGUUUGCCAUGACACCGAGGAGCGCUGUAGACUUGUGCUCAGCUAUGUUCUGGAGGGGCUAAAAUCUGUGGAUAGCAGCAUUAAAAAAGAAAGCGACCUUCCUGCAGCUGACCCCAACACCCCGAUCCCAUUAAAAUAUGAAGAUGAGUCCACAAGGGGGGGUCCUGAGGGUCUGGAGAAGCAGAUGGCCUUGUUUUUGGACAAAAUGGGCUCCCUUCAGAAGGGUAAUUAUUCCAGUCAAUCUGGAAUGAUCCCUGGUUCUUGGCAACAUAAAAUGAAACUCCAGCUGAUUCUCAAGUCAUCAAAGGCCUAUUAUGUUUUGUCUGAUGCUGCCAUGAGUCUUCAGAAAUACGGAAGAGCGUUACGAUACAUUAAAUUAGCUUUGCAGAGCCACGAUACUUACUGCUGCCUCUGCACCAAUAUGCUUUCUGAAGUGCUGCUGUUUCUUUCUCAAUAUUUGACGCUCUGCGGUGAUAUCCAACUAAUGCUGGCCCAGAACGCAAACAACAGAGCCGCACAUCUUGAGGAGUUUAAUUAUCAAACAAAAGAAGACCAGGAGAUCCUGCACAGCCUCCACAGGGAGUCCCCGUGUCAAGGAUUUGCAUGGGCAACUGAUUUGUCUACAGACUUAGAGAGUCAGCUUUCAGUUAGUUGUAAGUGUUACGAAGCUGCUAAUGAAAUCUUGCAAUUUAGUGACUUAAAAAGCCAAAACCCAGAACACUAUGUACAAGUAUUGAAGAGAAUGGGUAAUAUCAGAAAUGAAAUCGGUGUGUUUUACAUGAAUCAGGCAGCUGCACUGCAGAGUGAGAGAGUAGUGAGCAAGAGUGUGUCUACUGCGGAGCAGCAGCUGUGGAAAAAAAGCUUUUCUUGUUUUGAAAAAGGAAUUCACAACUUCGAGUCAAUCGAUGAUGCUACAAACGCUGCCCUUUUGUUGUGCAACACGGGGAGACUCAUGCGAAUUUGUGCGCAGGCGCACUGCGGUGCCGGUGAUGAAUUUAAGCGGGAGUUUUCACCGGAAGAAGGCUUGUAUUAUAAUAAGGCUGUUGAUUACUAUUUGAAAGCGCUAAGGUCCCUGGGAACGCGAGACCUACACCCAGCUGUUUGGGAUUCAGUGAAUUGGGAACUGUCCACUACUUACUUUACUAUGGCAACUCUCCAGCAAGACUACGCGCCAUUAUCUAGAAAAGCUCAAGAGCAGAUCGAAAAAGAAGUCAGUGAGGCUAUGAUGAAGUCCCUGAAACACUGUGACGUGGACUCCGUGUCCGCUCGACAGCCUCUUUGUCAGUAUCGAGCUGCGACCAUCCAUCACAGGCUGGCGUCCAUGUACCACAGUUGUCUGAGAAAUCAGGUUGGUGAUGAACAUCUUAGGAAGCAGCACCGGGUGCUCGCAGAUCUUCAUUAUAGCAAAGCUGUUAAGCUUUUUCAGCUUCUGAAAGAUGCUCCUUGUGAACUACUUAGAGUGCAGUUAGAAAGAGUGGCGUUUGCAGAGUUUCAGAUGACCAGUCAGAAUAGCAACGUUGGAAAAUUGAAAACACUAUCUGGGGCUCUUGAUAUAAUGGUGAGAACUAAACACGCAUUCCAGCUCAUCAGAAAGGAGCUUGUAGAGGAAUUUGACCAGCCGAAGAGUGACGAGAGCGCUCCAGCCGCUGAUCCUUCGCCUGGUCUCAGUCGAGAAGAAGUGAUCAAGCUCCUCAGUAUAUUUGAAUCUCGGUUGUCAUUCCUUCUCCUUCAGUCCAUCAAACUGCUGUCUUCAACUAAGAAGAAAAUGAGUAAUACUGAAGAGGAUGUAGUCCUCAAAACCAACAAGCAGAUUUACUCCCAGCUUUUGAGAGCUACCGCUAACAGAAAUUCCACUCUUCUGGAAAGGAUCGACGUCCUCAUCCAGUUGCUGGAUCAGCUUGCUCGCGGCGGCAGUGGCGGCCAGUGA